AAAUAGCACUAGUGCUUUCUCUAACUAGUUCCAAAAACAUAAACAUUUAAUUUAUCCCGAAGCUUGGCUUGUUUUUACAACGCGGAUUGGCUUGCAUCCACCAAACUGACUGCCGUAAUGCUAUCUGGGGCCUCAAGCAGCUGCUGAAAGUGUUCGCUUGCCAAGAUGCACAGCCAGAACAGUGCUAGCAAAGUCGUGGCCACCCUCCGCGCGGACGGAAAUGUGUAUCCGAUGGAGCACCCCAAAGCACACCUGAUGCACUAUGAGAUUCGCACGGAAGGCGAGGUGCAGCAGAAGAAGGGCAACCUGCUGGUGGCCGCCACAUGCGUGGACCUGGGCAAGCAACUGCUCCAGUACGCCAGGGACAGCGAUGUGGCUGGCGUGAAGACGGCACUGGCCCACGGAGCGCCGUUUGCCUCAGACUGGCUGGGUAUGUCGGCGCUCCACUUUGCCGCCAUGAACAAUCAGCUGGAGAUCUGCGAGAUCCUACUGCAGGGAGGCAUCAACAUGGAUGCUAAGACGAAGGUGGACCGGACGCCGCUCCACCUGGCCUGUUACUAUGGCCACGAGCGGGUGGUCAGCCUGCUGCUGGCGCUCAAGUGCAGUGUGAACUCCCGCGACAUGCUCCGCAUGACGCCGCUCCACUGGGCCGUUGAGAAGAGGCACAAGGGCAUUGUGCGCAUGCUGCUUAAAAACCAGGCGGACGUUACGUGUGUUUCAAAAUUCGGCAAAACGGCAAUCGGUCUGGCCGUGUACACAGAGCAGGCGGAUGUGCUGGCGGAGCUAGAGAUGGCGCGGCAGGCACAGGCCACCAAAAAGUUCAGUGACGAGUCGGAGAUAAAAUCGCAUAAUAGCAGAAAGGAAACCAGCGACGCUGUCAACUCCAUAAUGGAUGAACCGGAAACCAUGAAAGGCCAAGACGAGAGCGAAAUGUCUGUGGAGGAACGAAUGGAUGUCCUGGAGACCCUCCGAGGGCAUACCAAUGUGCUGGGAAACUCGGCAUUAAACAUGCUGAAGACGCACGGAAUUGCGGAUAUGAUGGAGGAAAACGAUGAUCAGGCCUCCAAGGAAAUGCUGAACACUGCCCUGCAGAACGGACGCCAACUUAUACUCUCCGAAGGUGGGCGCAUGCUGCUGCACGAGACGAAGGCCGGUCUGAGCGGGAAGCGUGAAUUCGUGAACGGCAGUGCCAGAAAGGUACCGGGUGUGGCUCUGCGACCAAAUAUCAGUAACUCGCCGCCUCAGAAGAUUCGAAUGAAUGUCAUCAAGCAGAAAGAGACGCCAGCGUCGAGUCCUUCGGGGGUUUCCAAAAACAAGAAUAUACGCAUAAUCUCGUUGACUGAUUUUAAGAAGCUCUGCGGAUCGGACAGUCAGCCAAAGUCGGUUCAGAAAAUACCUGCAUCAAUGGCAAGCUCUGGAAUGGUUCGUCAGCUUCCGGAUGGCACCAAGCUGCUUAAUAUGCGCCCUCUGCAGUCCCGACAGCUGAAGCUUCCCUCCCUUCCGAAAACCAUGGAGCCCACUACAGGCUUAGACGAGUCGCAGCACGGCAUUGAAACUGCUGUUCCACCUGUAAACAGUAGUCCAGCGUCCGCGAGUCUAAGGGGACAAGUGGGCACCGUGCAGACGAUACAGCUGCGACCCUCGCCCACAAUAGCAUCGGGACAGGGGCACACGAACAACGGGGUGGCAGCCGUUAAAGCUUCGGGCGGCAGCACACUAAAAUUGCCCUCGGCAAAGGCGCCCAAUGUGAUGCCGUUGCUGACGUCCUCGGAGAUUUGCCGGCAGUUGCAUGAGCUGCGACGGCAAAACGAGGAUCUGCGCCGGCGGGUGGACACUUUUCAGCGGGAAAAGGAGGAGAUGCUGAGGCGCAUUGAUAGGCUGGAGCAGCUGGUGCUGAUUCGGGACUCGGAGGCGGAGAUGGAGUACGUGGACGACCUGUAGCCAGAGCUAAGUUAUGUUUACUGUAAAUACACUAGCACAUAGCAAACCGUUUGGGCGGCGGCGCCACUGCCGGCUACGUCCGCACCUUUGGUCCGCACAUCGCUAAUGGGAACACAGUUCAAGAAUAGGUUAAGCUAGACGCUAAACUAAGAAGUUAAUCAUCUAUCGUUAAGAGCAUUUGUUAAUUUCAUAACAUUUUGUAACAACACCGUAUUAAUUUAAUUGUUUAAACCUAAAAGUAACAACAAGAAGUGGCAACCGUUGACCGCGGUCGCGGAUAGUUAGUUUUCUACUUUAAAAGGCAUUUUAAGUCGUCCAGCGAGGGCACACAAUGGCGCCUUAUUUUAUAAAAAAAAAGCUAUAAUAAAUAUUAAUUAUUAUUCUA